AUGUCUAUCCCUCAACAGUUUAGUUCAAAUAAUCGGCUACCCACGACAGCGUUCACCUUCAAGGCGGAUCGUGUCCAUUCCUCUGACUUAGAAGAUUUUACAUAUGCGCAUCACCCGCUUUACAAUAAUGUGCUUAAAUCUCGUGAUUCAGAAUCUUAUUCAGCAAUAUCUAGCAACGAAGAAUCAUUUGUGGAAUAUCGUGACUUGUCGAACGAUAUACAACUUUAUUAUCUCAACCCUCCUUAUAUCAGCACCGACGACGAGAUAAACUGGACCGGGAUAAAUCAGACCUUAUGUGCAAAAUUCAAUCCUCGCUCGGUAGACACACUCAUUUGUCACGUCUCUAGGAAGGUUCCAGUGGAAGAGCGCGAGGAAGAAAUUGAGCACCCCGAUCAACAAGUUUAUGAAUUUUCUUUUUCAGAUAGGAGUAGUAGUCGAGCAGUAUUUUACAGUGAUUCGUAUUUGAAAAUUAUGAAGGCGGCAGAAUGCGAUAGGGAGCAAAAAAUUCCGCGCAUAUUAAUAAUAACAAAUUUGUGCAAGAUUUAUUGGGAUUAUGCCCGGUUAAUAGAAGCUCGUGUUGAAAAACUAAAGUCUCAAGGUGAAAAAGCUCUUCCUGAGUUGAAAACGUUUCAAGAAAUUCUUAUGAUAUGGGAACUGUGUGGAAUUAUUUAUAUCAACCCAAAGAAAGAGUAUUAUGAAGAGCUGGCACACUUAGGACAAAAUUUCUAUGGGAGGUUAUCGAACGAAUUGAGAACCUGGUCGAACAAAUGGCUUUCUUUACUUGAUCCGUUGGAAGGUGAUGACACACAAUUUGAAGAAAAUGCAUCGCAUCAGGAUGGAAAUCUAUUUUGGUCUUACCUGCGAAAAUUGGUUCUCCGAGGUUCAUCUAAAGCAAUAAAUUUGUUAAAUUCGGUUUCAAACAAAGAAGACGUGGACCAAUUCGUAAAAGAGUACACGAACAAAGUCAAGAAAAUCAUAUUAUCACAACCUCAUCUUAGAUCUCAGGAUGCUGAUAGAUUCUCGGUUUCUUUUAAGACUUGGCGUGAUGAAAUUAGAACUUGUGAAAAAGAACUUAGCGACAAAAAAGACGAAGCCUUCUCUGAAAACAUGUUAACAAUAUUGAGAAUAUUACGCGGAGACGUUGAUUCCAUUAUUAAGGGUAGUUCAUCAUGGAUAGAGGCACUAAUGAGCAUGAUGAUCUCUCAUCCGCUAUGGGAUGUACAAAACUUGAGAGAAAAGACGCGUGAUUGCCUUGUACAUUUUCCUAUGAGCGAUAAUACCAAAGAUCUUUACACAGUUUUGGCUUCAUUCUUGGCUAGAGAUCCUGAGCAAGGAAUUAAAUUUUGCGAGAAAAUUGACCCAUGGUUGGUCGCUCAUUUAUCCGAUAUGUUUAAUAAGUUCGAGUUGAUUGGGAAAAUUCGGGUUCAAAACUCUCAAAUAAAUCGUCGUGUGGGUCUCAAUAGUUCCGAAACUGACGUUGACAUCCGAGAAUUAUCUUUGCUCAACUUCGCCGAGUCAUUUGUAUCUCAUCACUCCCUCUGGCAAUUAGCGUUUAAAUAUUUUGGGCUAUGUGAAACAUACGGAAAGUUUUAUAUGGCUGAACAUAUUAUUAGUGUCCCAUUCGAUAAUGAACGUAAACUAAGCAAAAUAUUGAGCAUCUGCAAAUUCAACGAACUAGAUUUCCAAGAAAAAACGAUAUUGAGAGUGGCGGGUAAAAGACAUCUGCAAGCGAAAAGAUAUGCUCCGUCUAUUAGAUACUUUAUGGAUGCCAAUGAUACUGCGUCUCUGGAAGUCAUAUUUCGCAUAUUCUUGGAUUAUUAUACAGAUACCGGUGACAUAAAUAUAUUUAAAUACAUGGAGAGUAUUCAGCUUGAUGAAUCAUCACCUGACUCCAUGAAGUUUUUGUCGAAAUAUCGAUUAUUCCAUGAGUUAAUGCAAGCGAGGGAAUUUCAGACUGCUCGAGCGUAUAUUAUGGAGUUAAUUUGCUCUCAAAUCGCACCCACGACAUUUUUACCAGUACUCUUGGUCAACACACUCCCAUUAUUUCGUGAAGCGAAAAAAAAUAGCACAGUCAUCUUCACGAGCGCAGAUAAUUUUGAAAUUCUACGAAACCUGUACAAUCUCGUGCACGGCAUGUAUCAGGAAGAAUGCGUGUCGUGCCUGGAACGGAUGAGUAGUUGGCACACAUAUGCUAACGGAUAUGUUGAUUUAAACGAGAAACUGUCGGUCCUAUGGACGGCGGUCAACGAUAACCAGUUAGUUGUCUACAAAUAUGGGAAGGAAUCAAGCCCUUUUUGGAAUGAACUUGAAUAA